UCCAUGGCACAGGGGAGCCAUGGAAGAGGAAGCGCCUUCGCUGGAGCUCGGGCGCCUCGCGACAGGAAUGCGGUACCGUGUUCAUGUGUUAUCCAACGAGAAAGAACGGUGGCCGAGAGAAGGAACCAACUAUCUUUGCCUACACCGCAGCGUUACCUAGAGGUUAGCAAGGGAUGGAGCAGCAGCGCUCGAGGCAGCACGUCGAAAAGCCGAGGCUGGAGAUUCCAGACUCGAAGCUCUCGCCAGGAAAUGCAUCGUCUUCGUCCCCACGAAGCAUGCAUGGAUUUCCAACGAGUCCCGAGUAUGUCUCCUCGUCUGGCAGAGACGUCAAGAGCUUCGAGGAUUGGUCUUCCCAGUCCGCGGCUUCUCUCGUCCCGGCUAUCAGCUCCCAGGAUGAUGCCGCUGGUGUUGUUGAGGUGGUGGGAAGGAAGAGGCUACACUUCUACGUUGGGGAGUUCGUGCUGGUUAGAUGCAACCAUACCAAAUGGCUGCUGGGACAAGUUCGUCGCUCGUCGAGGAAUGGAGUCAUAGUUUGGGUUGGAGCUGCGCAGACACUCGUCAAUGUUCCCUAUGAUUUACUGGUUUCGCAUUUCGUGAAGCUUGACAGCCCGUCGCUGCCGGCGUCUCCACCAUCAAGUUUGCCUCCGGAGACUUUGGUCGAGGUUGGCCGGGAUGGACAGAUCUUGGCACCGUUCCAGUGUGUUCGUCCGGCACAUCUAUCGCACAGGAAGCUCUUUCAGCCACUCAAGUUUUUCUCGACGGACGGGAACCAGGGAAACAGUGCUUUUGCUGCGGCUAGUUCGAUGCAACACAACGAAGUCAGGGAAGGGGGCAGCGAUGGAGUCCGGAGGGAGAUGCUCUUUCUUGCAGACCGUGGCUCGGCUUCACUUCCGGCUUAUACUCCCGGGAAAUUGGAGACUCUUGAAGUGUUCAAAGGCUUGAAAGACACACAAGAAGCCGGGCAGAGGACUUCGCAGCCUUCGUACUCGCUUUGCAGAUUUAGAUUCUCGGAAGACGAUACGUCGUCCAUUGCGAGUAGAGCUAGCGAAUCUGUUUCGACAGGAAACAAUCGUUUGAUCAAGAAAUGGGCAAGUUCGAGUGGAUCACGGUGAUAAAAAACGGCUUGGACAUCAGAAAGACGCAGUGUAAUUACUAGGAGGUUGUUUAAAAGUUUGUACUUUUGACUCACAGAGAAAUAAAAUUCUGGUGGUUGAAUCACCUCAAA